AACAUGCAAGCAAGGAUAAGCCUACUAUACCUGCCACUGCUGAAGCUGUUGUUUGAAAAUAUCCAGCGGCUGAUUCAAAGGGAUCUCUCCACUUUCAGCAUGAACUUCUCGGGCAUUAAUGUUCGAGAUGACCUGGCCUUUAAUUUCUCACCAGUAAGUGGCGCUGCAACUCCACACAAGUCGGGCAGCUUUAUUGACAAGGAGUUGGCCUUUUCAGGUUAUGGUGCAUCUUGCUUUCAAAGCCUGAGGCGUGAUGAUUCCAGAGGCUCCUUGACCAUUGACUUGAAUGCGUGUACACCCGAGAGGGCUGACGAAAGACGGAAUUCCAUCGACUAUACUCACCAAAGAAAGAGUUCAACCGAGAGCAACAUAUCCCAGUACAGCAAGCUGGAUCAGUACGAGUCCCGGAGUCUCCUCAUGUGCUUUCUUCACAUCGUGAAAACUAUCUCGGAAG